GCACUGGCCAGCCUGAACAAGUUGUUCUAUAGUCCGAAUAAUCCCAAACAACAACCUGAAAUAUGUACACACGCACCAUCGUGCACUCUCCUGGGCAGGAAAGGAGUGCCAUGCACAUGUGCCGUGUAUUGCUAUAGAAUAAAUUAUCAGAACUGCGUAUUCAUUCGUAUUGUAUGCACUGCACCCAUAUACAGGCACCCAGCAUUUACUUCUUUUGAUUUAUUACACAGUUCAUUUUCUGUCUAUUGUCUCUUCUAUACACUCUCCAUAUACUACUAUAGACUAUUAGUUGUUUCUCACGCCUUCUCUUUUAUUAUGCCACACAAUCACAUGAAGUGCACCCUGCCACCUUGUAUACAGUCUGUACAUGCAUAUUAG